UUUCACACGUGUUUCAAAAUGGCCCUCUUCUAUUUGGUUGUCUUGUGCUGAAUUGUUGUGGAAAUAAAUAGUGAGAUUCUCCGAAUCAAGUCUUGUUGGUGAGAUAUUUGUUUCCUCAUUAAGCUACGAAGACAUCGGAAAUUGGACAAUGGCACAGAGAAAGAAGAAAUUAACCAAAAAGAAGAGACACGGACCGUCACACGGUCCAAAUAGAGAACCAGAGGUGGACUCGGACGAAGGAGACUUUGAGUUGGCUGCCGACAUAAAGAACGAUGAUUCCCCCGGUAGAAAACUGCCACGGUUUCCAGCAUCAUCUGACGCCCUGUCGGAUGUCGAACCAGACACCAGGGAGUUGGUACGAGCCCAAAACAAGAAGCAGAAGAAGUCGGGAGGGUUCCAGUCCAUGGGCCUCAGUUAUCCUGUCUUUAAAGGUGUAAUGAAGAAGGGCUACAAAGUCCCUACUCCUAUUCAGCGAAAAACUGUCCCUGUCAUUCUGGAUGGAAAAGAUGUGGUUGCUAUGGCAAGGACCGGUAGUGGAAAGACUGCUGCUUUCUUGAUUCCGAUGUUUGAGAAACUAAAGGCUCCACAGGCCCAGACUGGUGCCAGGGCGCUCAUUCUCACUCCAACAAGAGAGUUGGCGCUUCAGACCAUGAAAUUCACUCGAGAGCUUGGUAAAUAUGCUGGCUUUAAGACUGCAUUGAUUCUUGGAGGUGACAGUAUGGAGGAACAGUUUGCUGCUCUACAUGAAAAUCCUGACAUCAUUAUUGGUACCCCUGGUCGUCUGAUGCAUGUUGUUAUGGAAAUGAACCUGAAGCUGCAGAAUAUGGAGUAUGUGGUGUUUGACGAAGCUGACCGGCUGUUUGAGAUGGGGUUUGCUGACCAGCUCCAGGAGAUUAUCCGUCGGCUUCCAGACACGCGGCAGACGCUGUUGUUCUCAGCCACCCUUCCAAAACUGCUGGUGGAGUUUGCCCGAGCAGGAUUGACAGACCCUGUUCUUGUUCGUCUUGACGUCGACACAAAACUGAGCGAUCAGUUGAAGCUCGCCUUCUUCCACCUGAGGCAGGACGACAAACCUGCCAUGCUGCUGCACCUGCUCAGGAACGUGGUGAAGGCCCAGGAGCAGACGGUCGUCUUUGUGGCCACCAAACAUCACGUGGAGUACAUCAGAGAGAUGUUGACCUUAGAGGGCAUUGAGUGUGCCUACAUCUACAGUGCCCUGGACCAGACGGCCAGGAAAAUCAACAUCGGUCGCUUCGUCCACCGCAAAGCUAUGGUGCUGCUGGUGACAGACGUGGCUGCUCGUGGUAUUGAUAUCCCCAUGCUGGACAACGUCAUCAACUACAACUUCCCCUCCAAAUCCAAACUGUUUCUGCACAGAGUGGGUCGUGUUGCUCGUGCUGGUCGAAGUGGAAAGUCCUUCAGUCUGGUGUGCCAAGACGAGGUGCCAUUUGUCUAUGACCUUCAUCUGUUCUUGGGAAGACCCAUCCAGUUUGCCAUGCCAGUUCAUGAAGAAGAUGCUGAUGGUAUAUUCGGACGCGUGCCCCAGAGUAUCCUGGACGACGAGGAGGGGCAGCUCAUCACGGCCCAUGAAAACUCUGUUGAGCUGCAGACCCUCAAGCAAGUCGCUGAGAAUGCCUACAAGCAGUACCUCAAGUCAAGGCCCAGCCCGUCUCCUGAGUCAUUCAAACGGGUCAAGAACACCGAUUUCGCAAGCAUGGCAGUCCAUCCCCUGUUAGGGUCAGGUCUGGAGAAGAUGGAACUGGAGAGGCUGCAGAUGGUGGACUGCAUCAAGGGCUACAAGUCCAAAGUGACGAUAUUUGAGAUCAACUCUUCAAACAAGACCAGCGCUAGCGAGGUGAUGCGAGCCAAGCGCAGCCGAGACCGCCGGCUGGUGGACAAGUUUGCACGGUCCCAGGUGGAGCGCUUCGCCGAGAACAAGUUCCAUCAGCCGCCUGUUCCCUCCACCUCCACCACCACAGCCAACGACGACAACGAGGAGGAGGAAGAGGACAUCCGGGGUGUGUUUGCGGAGGUGGUGGGUGGGAAACGUAAAAAGAAUUUGGGAGAGGAAGAUCCCGAAAACCCCCAGGGCAAAAAGAACAGACAGUCUGGACGAGACGAGGAGUUCUACAUCCCCUACAGGCCCAAAGAUUUCAACUCCGAGAGAGGGCUCAGCCUUUCAGGUGAGGGCACCACGUUUGAGCAGCAGGCCUCCACAGCCGUACUAGACAUGAUGGGAGACGAAAAUACCACACUUGACCAGCACAAGAGCGUCAUGAGAUGGGACCGCAAGAGGAAGCGCUUUGUGCGCGACACCGGCAAAGAAGACAAGAAGAACAAGGUCAGGCUGGAAAAUGGACAGAUGGUCAGCACUAAGAAGAAGAAGAACUUUUACGAGCAGUGGAAGAAGAAGAACAAGAUGGAUGAUGAUGACUCUGACGGAGAGACUGGACGUGGCAGAGGUGGAGGACAGAUGGGAGGCCGUGGAGGUCGAGGAAGAGGAAGAGGAAGAGGAAGGCAGGGGCCAGGAAGAGGAGGCCCAGGCGGGCCCCCGAGGGCCGGAGCCCAGCAGGGCGUGCGCUCGGAGCUGCGGAGCCGCGAGCAGAUCCUGAAGGAGCGCAAGAAGCAGAGCAAGCAGAAGUUCCUGCAGAGCGGCGGCAUGCAGAAGCUGCGCGGCAAGAACCGCCAGCGCGUCAACGACGUCAUGAAGUCCGGCUUCGGCCGCGGCGGACAGAAGAAAGGCAAGAUGAGGAAGAGGAUGUAAGAGUGUCUGUAAGGGGUGUAAGGUCGGCGAGGGUAUCCGAGGACCUCAGGACUGGGUGACCAACGCCCAACCCACCCACCUACCCCCGUUUGGACACACAUGCCCAGCCAGGGGUGGCGUGAGCGUGGUAAGAAAAGAGGCACAAAUGAUGCUCUGGAGUGACGUUAGACUGAACGGACGCCAGAUAGUUCACUUCCUGUGUCGCUCACUUCGUUUGCCAUGGCGAUCUCUCGUCAUACACUUUGUACAUGUAUAUUUUUUAACAAUAUUAAGUCCAAUACAGAUAAGAUAUGCUUGA